UGUGUGGUUAUAACCUAACCUAACCUAACCCUAACCCUAAUCCUAACCCUAACCUAAUUUAAAACCGGUGUUAAGUGCCGCUUACACAACAUUUUAGUUAGUAGUUAAGGUUAUUGCACGUAAAAAUCGACCAAUCACAGUAAUGCGAGUGACGAUUACGAUUAAAUCUUUUUUAUGCCUUUAUGUAUCUAGUUGCAAACGUUUCCGAUUGGCAUGAUUCUUUUUUUUCCCUUUGUUUCCUUAAAUACUUAUUACCAGCAAGGACACAAAAGCAUUAUUCUCUCUAUUGCUUAUAGGAUGUCGAACAAAGACAGAAUGACUUGUGUCUCUUGCUGGAAAGCAAUCAUAAUUACGGAUGUCACUAGAAGUCAGAGUUGCCACACUCUUUCUAGAGACGCGCGAUUAUUUUGUUUAUUGUGUUUGCCGUAGUGAUCCACGACAGUCAUUUCAUAGGUCAAUAUAUAUACUAAGGCCGGUUGAAUACAAUUCAAACAGAGCUCUUAACGGUUAUCGUGAAAUGUACACUCUUGUACAUCAAGAACGAAUAGUUGGACUAUCAUAGCGAUUUAUCUGCAUUUCUGCGUACAAAUUGUAUUCAGACAUACAAGAGUUUUAUUUCUGCUAUGAAGAAAACGUAAAUAUGUCGAAGUCACACAGGCAUUAGGUAAUUGUACGGUAAAAAAUAGUGUGUACGAGAUUGAGUGUUGUAACCAGAGAAGUUUGUUGUUGUGAGUGACAAGAUGGAAUCUCGAUUACCAAAACCAAAAAUUAUAUUAAAAAAGGCUAUUAGUACAGUGGACAUGAAUGUCAAAAGUAACAACAAUAAACUUAGAAGAGAUGAUAAUACUUCAGCAUCAACAAGUACUAUCAGUACAAAAUCUAUAAAUGAGAACAAACUAGUACCGAAACAAACUUUAGUUCGUUCAAAAACGCUAUCUACAAUUACAAGACCAACAAAUGUGACAGCUGUAAAACGAACAGCUACUGCUGUAACAUAUGGAGAAGUGAAAAGACCAUUUGUUAAACCUGUUGCCAAAACAAUAGUAAAUAAGUCAAGUAAUAAUGCAUUAGUAACUAAUAACAGAGGCAACAAAGUAGUACAAAAUAAUACCGAUAAUAAAACGGACAAGAUUAAAAGAUGGGAUCUAAGGGGUCGUUUAGCACAGACAAGUGAUAAACUAUCAGUUGCAACACAAAAGCACAAAGACAUAGAAUCAAAAUACACUGCAUUACAAGAAUUAGUAAAUAAUUUACAAGCCAGUGAAACUCUAUACAGAACUAAAGCACAAGAACUUGAAGUUUCAAACGGUACUUUGACAAGUAAACUUCAGUGUUUAACAGAGGAAACGUCUAUAAUGCGAGAGCGCCACGAAAGUUUAACACAACGAUUAAAGGAAGCAGAAGAAUCAUGUAAAAGUCUUUCUUACACAUUGAACGACAUUCAAGGAAAAUACAAAGCACAGGAGAUAUUAGUUUUGGAACAAACCAAAGAAUUGACAACUUUGAAAUCAGACUUAGAAUCACAAACAAAGAUAAAUGAGGAAUUAGAAACAUUAUCUCAUAAUAUGGAUAAAGAACGCAGAUUAUUACACAACACUAUACAAGAAUUAAAAGGAAAUAUCCGAGUAUUUUGCAGAGUUCGCCCGCGAACCCCACAGGAAAUAGAACAGAUGAAAGGGAUGUGUAGCAUCAACUUCAUAGAUGACUGUACUAUUGAAAUAAACAAAUUGGAUGGAUUAGAUGCGAUAAAUAAUUGCAGUGGAAAGUCAAAAGGAGUAAAACAAGAAUUCUCCUUUGAUAAAGUAUUCACACCUAAUGCAUCACAACAAGAGAUUUUUGAAGAGUUAUCUCUUUUAGUACAAUCAGCGCUUGAAGGAUACAAUGUUUGCGUAUUUGCUUAUGGUCAGACUGGUUCUGGCAAGACGUAUACUAUGGAAGGAGAAUACGGAUUGCACACUGAAGGCAUGAUACCUAGAACGGUACGUCACAUAUUCAAGGAAAUGAAGCAAUUCGAACUUCUUGGUUGGAAUUAUCGGAUAGAAGCAAGUUUUUUGGAAAUUUACAAUGAACAUAUUAUUGAUCUUCUUGAUUGCCAACCAAAGACACAUGAAAUACGCAUGGUUAAUAGUAAAGGUCAAGAUUUAUAUGUGAGCAAUCUUCAAAUUAAAGAAAUACACAGUCCAGAAGAAUUGCACGAAUGUCUUUAUACAGCACAACAAAACCGAGCAGUUGCAGCCACACAAGCAAACGAACGGUCAUCGAGAUCACAUUCGGUAGCACAAAUACGAUUGAUUGGCACUCACUCGACGAAACAAGAAAUAUCAAUAGGAAAUUUGAAUUUAGUGGAUUUAGCCGGCUCUGAACGUUUAAAAAGCGAAGAAGCUGCUAGAAAUGCAGAAACAAAAAAUAUUAACAAAUCUCUAGCAAAUUUGGGUAAUGUUAUUUUAGCGCUCUUAAAGAAGCAGGAACAUAUUCCUUAUAGGAAUUCAAAGUUAACGCACUUAUUAAUGCCUUCUUUAGGGGGCAAUUCAAAAACCUUAAUGUUGUUGAACAUAUCUCCGUUAAAUGAGUGCUAUAAUGAAACGUUAAAUUCCUUAAGAUUUGCCAGCAGUGUUAAUAGUUGCAAAACCGGUAAUAUUAAGCGAAGCCGAAUGGUUUUACAAAAUAUAACUAAUUGAAUGUUUACUCCAAUUCUUUAUCCAAAUGUUGAUUUUGAUUACAAUAAAAUCUGAUCAUACAUUUUGAAUUCA